AAACCCGUGUGUGGGUAUGUGGAGGGGCAGGGAUUGCAGACGUAAAGGAAGCUGAGGGGAAUCUGUCAGUGUACAUCAUUCCGUCAGUAGUGAGUAAGGCACGUUAUGUGGUGGUAUUCCGAUUUUAGGUGAAAGAACCCAAACAAAUAUGGAUAAAUUAAGGUUAUACAUGGUAACAUGGAAUGUGGCCACCCGACAACCAGAAGAAGAUGUGGAAGAGAUGUUGGGAAUCGAUAAAAUGACUGAUGACUUGUUGCCAGAUUUGUAUGCUAUAGGUCUUCAAGAAGUUAAGUCGCAGCCUCAGAACAUUCUGAUGGAUGCCAUAUUUGAUGAUCCCUGGACCAAUGUUUUCAAAGAUGUAUUAACAAAACGUGACUACAUAAAGGUGAAGACCAUAAGACUCCAAGGAAUUCUUCUAAGUUUGUUUUGCCUCAGAAAACAUUUGCUGCAUGUGAGAGAUAUGGAGACACAAUACACAAAAACUGGUUUAGGAGGUAUCUGGGGCAACAAAGGAGCUGUUAGCAUCAGAUUAAAUAUAUAUGGCUGUUCCUUGUGUAUAGUGAACUGUCAUUUAACUCCGCAUGACCCCUACCUGCAAGAAAGGGUUGCUGACUAUAACACAAUAAUUAGGAAACAGGUCUUCAAAAAGAGAGAGACAAGUCACAUACUUUAUCAUGAUUAUGUAUUUUGGAUCGGUGACUUGAAUUUUCGCUUAGAAGAAAAUCCAGCUUUGACAGCAGAGAAAAUUGACUCACUUGUGAGGAAAGGUGAUCUCAAAACCCUUUUACAGAAAGAUCAACUCCAUCAAGUAAUGAACAGUGGGGAUGCUUUCAGUGAGUUGACAGAAACAUUGCCAACAUUCCCUCCCACAUACAAAUUUCAGUUUUACUCUUCAGACUAUGAUUUGAAGAGACGGCCAUCUUGGACAGACAGAAUUUUGUAUAAUGUGAAUGAAAAUGCUUAUGAAAACAUGACACUUGAAGUGGAACAGCUCUCCUAUAAUAGCUUUCCACAAUAUAUUCAGAGUGAUCACAAGCCUGUUAAGGCAGAUUUUCUAGUAAAGGUCUUCAGUGAUCAUGAAGAUAGCUUUGUGACAUUUGAAGAAAUUGGUGUCUGGUGUACGUCACGUGAUAAUUCUGCUACAUAUUUAGUUCCUUCUGGUGUAGAACCAGCAUUUUGGGACUGGAUUGGAGUGUAUAAGGAUGGUUUUACAAGCCUCGAUGACUACAUCUGUUACUCAUAUGCUCCUAGAAUGACUGUAGCUGUGAGAUCUGAUGAUGGUUCCCAGGUGAAGAAAAUAACAUUCCCAGUCUGCACUCUAAGGACAACAGGUCUUCAUCGUCUUGUAUAUUUUGGAAGUAAUUCAGGAAGUAUUCUAGGAAUGAGCCAAGUGUUUGAAAUCAAGAGUACUGAUUCAAGCCACUUGCAUAAUGGAUUUGAUAAUGAUGAGACCUGAGUGUGUUGUUUGUGGUAUAAAAUGCAUUAUUUAUUUGUCUGUCAUCUGUGAACUUAAGUUUUGACAGUACAUGCAAUGGCUGGAGGCAUUGCUGCUCGUUUGUAUUGAAUGUACAGUGUGUGAGAGGGUUAAAUAGUUACUCUCUUUGUGAUGCAAUAUUUUUGUGUAAAGAAAAAAAAGCUAUUUCAUCUGUUGAAGCACAUUGGAGGCUGAUACAGAAUGCUGUUUUAUACUUCAGCUUAAAUGAAACUUCUCAUAUUGAUAGUUCCAUUAACACAAUGGACUUGUGUCUGUAGUGUUUAAAACUCACUUGAAUUGGAUAGUACCUGUUUUGGCAAAUUAGCCAUGGCUCCUAGUAACUGUUAAUGCAGUGUUGUUGCUUUCUAAAUCUUACAAUACACUGUUAGGUUUCAAAUUAUUGCUCAUUGUUCUAAGAUCCAAAAGAUAAACUUUAGAUAUGUACUUACAGUAUGUAAAAUAAUUAGUUAUUUUCAUGCAUGUUUGGCUGUUUCUGCUGGCCAUCUUAAUAUAAUUAACCUAAAUAAGAAAUUUAAAUGUCUUGAGACAUUGGCAGUCCAUAAUCGUUCCUAUAGUAAGCUAACACGUAUUGCCAGUACUUUGCGUAUUUUUUUGGAACAGUACAUAUCACUAUUUUAACCUUUUUGUGACAGUAUUUUGUGCAGAGCCUCUAGAAGAAAGUGUUUGUGGUGGGAAAUUAAUUGUAUAUGAAACAGAUGUGGUGCAUUUACUUUGUAUUUUGUAUACUCUAAUUCUUAAAACAAAGUAUAAGUGUUCACAUGUACUUUCAGUAUUUUGAUAUCACACUAUCUGAAUUUGCUGUUAGUCAGUCCUAUGCAUUCAACAUAAGUUUUCAUGUAAUCACAAUAGAUAAUAUGUUGUUGAUUUAAGAAAUUAUACGGUACAGUACCUGAUUUCUUUAACUUGAAAGAAAGAUUUUAUUUUUGGGUGUAAAUUAUGUCAUUGCUUUUUGCAAGGAUCACAAAUGUAAGCAUAAUUCGUUACUUUGCCAGUGUUCAUUGCAGGUCCAUUUGUCUCCCUUAGUUUCAGAACUGUAGGGGUAGUCUUUGCACACCAGUUAAUUCAAAUUUUGUGAUGCUAUAAACUCUCUGUGUGUUGGAUUAUACUUCUGAUUAUCAUUAAAAGUCCAAAAAACAUUUGUGUUCAGUCUGUUUUCUUUUUUAUAGUGAAAAAGUUUAUAGUUUGCAGUUUUUGUCAUGUCAUAAGCCUGUAGUUUAUUUAUGGUUUUAUUUUUUCCAUCUCCUUGGAAAGUGCAGUAAUUUGUUACAGUAUAAAUAUAGAGUUAUUCUUAUGAACAUUAUCACUGUAAAGAAAGACAGAGAAGAAUAUGUCAUGGAGGAUUUGCCAGUCUUUCAUAAGCAGCUUUAACAGAGCUCCAAAGAGAUAUUUUUAUUAAAGAAAUAUGUUGUUGGUUUUUCUUUUCUUUUACUCUGUAACUUUGGUGAUGUAUGUCACUUUUUCCUUUACGAAUUGCAUUUAAUUAUAUGUCUUUAAAGUGAUUAAACAUGUAUGCAAAUGUUUCAUGUGAAAUCUGCUUAAAGUUCCUUUACAGCAAUGACAAGUACAGUUCUUUAGAGCGAUUUACCUACCAGGUUUACUAUAAAUUUUAAUCUGAUAUAUAUUUGUUGGAAACAGUUGCCAACAUUGAAUUAGCACAGAUAUUAAACACAAGAAUGUGA